UCGUUACGCCGCACGUUAGCAAGAUGAGCGGAGCAAACGUCAAAAAGGGCCCUUCCUCCGGUGUCGUGGAGUGGAUCAGCUCGGCAUGUCGGUUCGCAACAGACAGAAACGACUUCAGAAGGAAUCUUCUGGUCAACUUAGGUCUGUUUGCUGCUGGUGUCUGGUUUGCAAGAAACCUCUCAGAUUUUGACCUGAUGUCUCCUCAGCCAGUGACAUAACAAAAUACAUCGCAGCCAAAACCAGGAUGAAGGUGUCUUGGACCAAGAAGAAACAAGGGACAUGAAAAAAAUACUCCUGAAAAGUUUCUAUGACUAGUUCUACUUUGUAAACAAAUCACCUUAUUUACCUGAAUUUGCUUUUUUUAAUUUUAAUUUUUAUGUAGAUGACAUGAAAACAAAUCAUUACAUUUAA